GUUGCGAGCACGUGGGCAGGGAGGCAAUCGGCAAACGAAUCUGGGUGCAUGCGCAUGUACGUACGUACGUAGUCUAUCUGCGGUUGAUCGAGUGUCGUGUCAUUCUGUGCUGAAACUUCCAGAAGUGAACAACGAGGACUUUUGGCUGCCCUCUGUUUUAAUCCUCACAUGAGCAGCUUUUAUUUAGGGAGAAAGACAUUGUCCAACUAGUCGGAGAGGUUCAACGUUUUUAAAGUGUUGGAUUUUGCAGGGACAUACUCGAAUUUACCGAACUGUUUACUUGACAUCAACCACUUGUAGUUUCUAAGCACACAGUUGAAAGUUCACGUCGUGUCGGCCAUAACACUGACACACGAAACAGAAAAAGAAUCCCGAGCUUGUGUUGUGUGUCUUGAUAGUUCUGUGGGUAUUUGACUUUGUCGGGCAGAAUGUCAGAAAACUGGGACGAUGACGAUACUACUACCAGUACCACUACAAACUGGAAUGGCGGUACCUAUGGAUCCUCAAUGGUGAAUGGAAAUUCUUCAAGUUCCUUUGCUGGAGGUAGCAAGUGGCAGCCACCGCAGGUGAAUGCAAUUGGAAGGGGUCGUGGGCGAGGUCGAUGGAACCCCACACCCACCAGCACCACCCCAGGAACAUCAACAGCAGUCAAUGGCUUUGGGUGGCAGGGUGGUGCUGGAUUGGACACAGGAACUAGGAGCACCAAAGACACUGUAGUCAAUGGAACUGGAUGGCAGGGUGGUUCCAAAAUGGCUGGGGGAAGCACAGGCAGCAAAGGUGGUGCUGGCGAGUGUUAUAAAUGCCAUGAAACUGGUCACUUUGCCAGGGAGUGUCCCAAUGACGAUUCGGCUGGCAGAGGCGGACGAGGUGGGGGUAAAAAAUCAACUUGUCUAUGGGGUCAUACUGGACACAUGUCUAAGGACUGUCCCAAUCCUAGAUCAGAAGGCGGAGGCGGAAGUGGAAGAGGCGGGGGUGGAGGCAGCGAAUGUUACAAGUGUCACCAGACAGGACAUUUUGCCAGGGAGUGCCCGAACGAAGAGUCUGCCGAUGCAAAAGGUGGAAGCGACGGUCGCCCUCCGCCAUCAACCUACAUUCCUCCACCCCCCUCCGAGGAUGAAGAGUUGAUCUAUGCCUCCAUGCAACAGGGGAUCAACUUCGACAAAUACGACGACAUUCCUGUUGAAGUGACAGGGCGAGAUCCACCACGCUGCAUCCACAGCUUUCAAGAGAGCCCCCUCUGUCCCGAGGUGAAGUUGAACGUUGACAAGGCCAAGUACAAGAAGCCCACACCUGUCCAGAAGUACGGGAUACCAAUCAUCAGCAGUGGACGAGACCUCAUGGCGUGUGCGCAGACGGGGUCCGGCAAGACGGCUGCCUUCCUCCUGCCAAUCAUCACUGGCAUGCUCAACGACGGCGUGACGGGCAGCUCCUUCUCUGAGUACCAAGAGCCCCAGUGCAUCAUCGUCUCACCCACCCGCGAGCUGACAAGCCAGAUCUACACGGAGGCCCACAAGUUCUCCCGGGGCACCAUCCUGAAGCCUGUGGUGAUCUACGGCGGUACCAGCGUGGGCCACCAACUCAGGCUGGUGGAGAAGGGAUGCCACCUACUGGUAGCCACGCCAGGACGGUUAAUGGACUUCAUCAGACGAGGCAAAAUCAAAGUCAGCAAGUGCAAGUACCUGGUGCUGGACGAGGCUGACCGCAUGCUGGACAUGGGCUUUGGCCCCCAUAUGGAGCAGCUGGUCUACCUGCCAGACAUGCCCAAGAAGGGGGAGCGCCAGACCCUGAUGUUCAGUGCGACCUUCCCCACCGAUGUCCAGCAGAAGGCGGCCGAGUACCUGGACGACUACCUGUUCCUCACGGUGGGGCGGGUUGGCGGGGCCACACCCGACAUCACCCAGACCAUCCUGGAGGUUGGCAAGUACAACAAGAAGGAGAAGCUGACAGAGAUUCUGCAGAACAACCCCGAUGAGCGCACGCUAGUUUUCACAGAGACCAAGCGGGGAGCAGACUUCCUGGCAACAUGUCUGUGUCAGGAGGAUCUACCUACUACUAGCAUCCACGGUGAUCGGGAACAGCGGGAACGAGAGGAGGCCCUCUCUGAUUUUAGACGCGGCAGGGCUCGUAUCCUUGUAGCAACGUCCGUGGCUGCGAGGGGCUUAGAUAUAUCUGGAGUCAAGCAUGUGGUGAACUACGACCUGCCCUCGAGUAUAGAAGAGUAUGUUCACCGCAUCGGCCGAACUGGGCGCGUCGGGAAUCUCGGGAAGGCCACAAGCUUCUACGAUCCAUUGAACGAUUCCCAGAACGCGCGAGCACUCAUCAAAGUCCUUGCUGACGCUCAGCAAGAUGUCCCCGAGUUCCUGGAGUCAGCUGCAGACUCGGCCGUUGGGACGUUCCACGGCAGCGCCGGGGGCAGUUUUGGAGGCAGAGACACUAGAAAGCAAUUUGGUGGGCGUGGCGGUGGGCGUGGCGGUGGGCGUGGUGGUGGUGGUGCACGAAGCAAUGACAUCAGCAGUGAUUGGGGCACUGGCAGCGGUGAUGGCGGCAACUUCAGCGGUGGGGGCUUCAACAGCUCAAACUUUGCCGCCCAAGGAGCUGCAGAAGAGGAGGAAUCCUGGGAUUGAUGAGGUCGAUCACUGUCUUUCCAAGUGAAAAGUUUUUGCUAGCAGGACUUCUUUGUUGUGUUUUUUCCUUUGAUCAGAAUGCUGCAGUGUGGGAUGGAAAAAUGGUGGUAUUAUUUGGAAGGUCAACGGAUGUGAUUUCGCAGAGUCUAGGAAUACUGUUGGGCUGCAUGUGAAAAAUGACUCUGAGAUCAGAAGCACAGCAUCAGGAAGUGCCAAAAUACAAAUAUAAGGAAGAAGAAGACUUGCUUUUGGUAAUCUUUACGAUGCACCUAUCAUGCUGGCCAUUUUCCAAUGCUUUUCUCCUUUGCUUGUAUAGCUUGGAAGGAAAGUUGAAGCCCUUGAUUUUGGUGGGUUUGGGUAAAGGAAAAUCUUUGGCUUUUACCUAUUGAAUUGGCCAGUGAUCAGUUAAUAACGUUAAUUGUAAAAAGAUUGUUUUAAAUGUUAAAAGAUUCCUCCAAGCACAAAGAUUUUUCCAAAGUGCAUGUUUAUUCCUAUGCUUGAAAAAUGUUUAGGUUUUAGUAACAGGCAAUUAAAAGCUCAUUUUUAGUGAUAAAGAACAAAGCUAGUUUUUGACGACAAAUUGCUGCACCUUUGAAGAUAUACUUUCAGCAGUUGAAUUCUGAAAGUUGAGGGGGAAUCCAGGUGUCCCUAAAAUUUCUGACCCGGCCGAUCAGAGCAAAAGGGCCGAUUCGCAUCCAAGCAGGCUGGUUCAUAUAUUGACUUGUAAUGUGCAUUCAUGUCUUAAGGAAGGGAAUUUGGUCACCAGCAAGCAAGUUACAGUUGAACAAGAAAGGUGUGCUAUUUCUUGAAGUUAUGUGGAGACUUCAAGGACAGAUGAAAGUCGGACUACAAGGGUUGUGUCUUCAUGACACACUGCUGACUGAUAGUGGAAAAGAAACAAGUGAAACUCAUGAGCAGAGUUGAAGCCAGGGGGCAAGUCAAAUUGAGCAGUUGAGGCAAAACAGGAGCUUGUCAGACAGAAAAGUUUUAAAGUAUUUACAACUUGGCCGCUCAAAAACGUAGCGUGAUAUCCUGGAGCUCAGGCACAAGACCAACUGUCCAAAGUUGUGUGGUUGAUUUGGUGGUGCCCAGUUGAUAGAAAGCCAGCAUGCAUUUAAUAUUCUCUUUAACCAAUAUAAGAGAGAUGUUCUGAUUUAUUUGCCCUUUAAGUUUCAAAGCGGUAUGCAGAGGCCAUCAGUGGUCAAAAUGUGUAGGGCAUGUUGCAGAUAGACCUCUGUACUGAUGAUGCCACACUUUGUUUUCGCAUUUGCUUUCUUAUGGUACUGGAUAGGAUAGUGCAUGUGUAAACAAAGUGUGAUGUCAUCAGCACAUGGGCCAAUUGAAGUCGGUUCACUUGGCUGCCUUCCAUACUUUGAUAAUGCGUUCCUCUUGGUAGCUGCUUUGUCCAGUUCCAAGGGACAUCGUGUUAAGUUGGUAUAUAUCUAUCGCAGGCACCAGCCUUUGUAGCGCCAGCAUUGGCAAAGGGUAAAUUAUAGCAUAGGUUUUCUAUUAAAGUACAGGUAUUUUAUCUUGAUCAAAUUAAAGAGCAGUAUGAGAAGCCAUCAACAGUUCACCUUAUUGAGAAGUGCUUUGGAAAGUCAAGUGAGAGCAAGUAGUUUUACAAAUGGUUAAGGGUUUUUUAUUUAAUGUGUGUAAAGUUACCAACCUGGCUCUUCCAGAACCACUUUCCCGAGGUGGACUGUUUUGUAAGUUCGCUGUUAGUCUCAUCAGUUUUUAGCCGUGGAUACGAGUGGAUAGAGGUUGUCCAUGGCCAGCUAUCUUUCAGGUCAGUGCUUCCUUUGACGGAAAGAUGGCUGCCAUGCACUAACUGUAAACAACUUGGUCAUAAAGGCUUCCAAGCAAUAAAGCAUGCAGACCAACAGUGCUCUGUAUCUCAUACUGUGAACAGGAACGAUGACCUGUGGUGUUAUUUACCCUUUCAAGUGUGCCUACUAUGCCAUGAUGUUUGCCAAAGUGAAUAUAUAUAACAUCAAACCUUUAUAUAAAAACUCAUUGUUUAUGUUAAGCAGGUUAAUUUAUAUUACAUUAGAGUCGAGUUUAUUAGCUUCAUAAUCAUAUUUUUGUUAUUCUCAAUUAUGUUCAAUCUAUUUUUACUCAUCCUUAUUUGUAGGUUAGUUUGUAAAUUGUUAAACUGCACAAACUGAACAGGUUCCUUGCCUGGAAGUUCAGUAUUUAGCUGCUAAGGAAGUCGGCAUGCAUUACAGAGGGGUUGCUUUAUCCUUCUGGCAGGGAACAGUGUCUGUGAAAAACUUGUACUUUUUAUCUUAUGAUUAUUGUAACAGUUAUUUAAGUGUUGAAUAAAACUUCCAUUGCACUCGAGAGGAGUAAAAUCCA